AUGCUUUAUCUUGUGGGACUGGGUCUUGCCGAUGAAAGGGACAUCACUGUCCGCGGCCUUGAGGUGGUGAAAAAGGCCGAGCGAGUCUACCUCGAAGCUUACACGGCCAUCCUCCUGGUCGAUAAAGCGAAACUAGAAGCAUUCUAUGGACGUCCUGUUAUUGAAGCCGACCGAGAACUCGUCGAGACCGGUAGCGACGACAUCCUCGCAGAUGCGGACAAGGUUGAUGUAGCCUUCCUCGUGGUCGGCGAUCCAUUCGGAGCUACAACACAUACCGACCUCGUCCUUCGCGCGCGUGAACUCGGCAUCGAGUCCAAGGUCAUCCCGAACGCAUCGAUCAUGUCCGGAAUUGGCUGCACAGGUCUUCAGCUGUACAACUUUGGCCAGACAGUGAGCAUGGUCUUCUUCACUGAGACAUGGAAGCCGUCCUCGUAUUACGACCGAGUCAAGGAGAACGUGCAGAUCGGACUCCACACCCUCGUACUGCUGGACAUCAAGGUCAAGGAACAGUCACUGGAGAACAUGGCCAGAGGACGCUUGAUCUAUGAGCCUCCGAGGUUUAUGACCGUCGCGCAAUGCGCCGCCCAGAUGUUGGAUACCGAAGAGGAACGACAAGAGGGUGUCUGGGGACCAGACAGUCUUGCCGUGGGUGCUGCGCGGGUCGGUGCGGAAGACCAGAAGCUGGUUGCGGGAACUCUGCAGGAACUGAGCCAGGUUGAGAUGGGCCCGCCGCUGCACAGUCUGGUCCUGCUCGGCCGAAGAGCGCAUGACUUGGAGAAGGAUUAUAUUCGCCAGUUUGCCGUGAAUGAGGCUACGUUCGACGCCAGUUGGAAGAAAGGAGGAUAUGGUUCCAGUUGA